CAGUCAAAACCAACUGGUUUCACAAGAAGAGACUUGAGGGGUGGCUUUGUCAGCCUAGUGAUUGGGAGCCGCCAACACAGUCACACUGAAACCUAAUCCAGUUUCAAUCAGGAAGUGCUGAGGAUCAAAAUGGCUUCUGGACUCCAGCGUGAGAUCUGGACCGAGGAGAUCAUUUGCCCGGUUUGUCUGGAUUUCUUCACUGAUCCUGUUAGUCUGGGCUGUGGCCACAACUUCUGUCGCUCCUGCGUCACCCGGAGCUGGGAAAAGCAGGAGAACAACUGCUGUGCUGUUUGUCAGGAGACAUUUCCAGAAAAGAACCUCACAGCCAGUUGGGCCUUGGCGAGUCUAGCAGAGAAAGCUCGAAAAUUGUGCCUGAACCCGACACAGACGGCAGUUAACCUUCAGUGUGAGAAACACCGGGAGCAACUGAAGCUGUUCUGUGAAACUGACAAGAAAUUGAUCUGUUACAUUUGCAGAGAUGCGAAAGAACACAGAGGUCACAGCUUCCUGCCCAUUGACGAAGCUGCUGAAAUCUACAAGGAUCAAACAAAGUCCUCCUUAGCUUCUCUGACACAGAGGAAGGAAACGGCUCUACAAUCUGCAGCCAAACAGAAAGAAAAGAUUUCACAAGUUAAGGAACAGGUGAACAGUCUGCAGACCCACGUCACGGCUGAGUUUGCUAAAAUGCACCAGAGUCUGACUGACAGAGAGCAGCGAGUGAUGGGGGAUCUCAGACAGCGAGAGGGGGAGAUUUUAAAGCGAAUGGAGGCAAAUUUGCGAGAGAUUCAGUGCAAAUUAGAUUCUGUUGAACAACAACUCUCCGAGUUAACGACACAUCUGGGAAAAGACGAUCUCACCUUCCUGCAGGAGGAAGCUGCUGGCAACAGAAGGAUCAGUGACAAGGGGUUUGUUCUGUCGCUGUGUGAGGAUGAGCUGCCUGUGGGGAUAUACAAAGGGCCUAUACAGUACACAGCCUGGAGACAGAUGAUACACGGCAUCAGCCCAGCUCCGGCCUCUCUGACUCUGGAUCCUGACACAGCGAGUCCCUACCUCGUCCUGUCUGAGGACCUGACCAGCGUGAGACACGCAGAUAAACGGCAGCAGCUCCCGGACUAUCCGAAGAGGUUUGAUCCCGUUGUCAUUGUCCUGGGGU